CUGGGGCAGUUUCUUAGCAACCUGCCCUUGUCACUAGUUUGGGGUCUCUUUAACUGGCAGCUAGGGCAGUGAAAGGCUCGUGCUUUUCUUUCCCACUGCUGCUCCUCUCCCCUUCCUUCCCUCUGCUUAUCCUCCCAUUAAGCAUAUUAGCUGCUUUGAUGAAACUGGAAUGGAACUAUUGGUGCCGUGUUAUUUUGUGUCGCAUCAUAUUGUUUCCUCUGUUCCCUCUAGACUAGUACGUUCUUGCAGUUUAUUUUUGUCCAGAUAAUGGAGUCUCUCAGCUCUGCUAAGGCUCAUAAGUGUGAAUCAGCAAUGGAGGAUGAAAGUGAAGAUGACAUUGAGUUUAUCUGUGAAGGGCCUUCAAGACCUGUGCUUGAUUGCAUUGACCUUGUCAGUAGUGAUGAUGAAGAACCUAGCAGCAGCUCUAAUGUCCAUAGAAAUGUAAAGCAUAAAGACCACAUUGACUAUCAGAAGGAAAGGGUUGCUUCAACCCUCGAUCGCCUAGCACGCCACGUGGAGGUAGAGAAACAACAAAAAGAAGAGAAAAACAAAGCUUUCAAGGAAAAAGUGGACUCCCAGCAUGCUCAUGGAUUGCAGGAGCUGGAAUUUAUCCGGGGACAUAGUGACACAGAAGCAGCAAGAUUGUGUGUAGACCAGUGGCUAAAAAUGCCAGGUCUCAAACCAGGCACCAUUAACAUGGGAAGAAAAGCUGUGCCCCACAGAACCGGCCAAACACCAAUCAACAGCAAUCCCAUUUUAUGUCCUGUAAUGCACUGCAACAGAAAAUUUGAUAAUGGUCAUCUUCUGUUAGGUCACCUUAAAAGGUUUGAUCAUUCUCCAUGUGACCCAGCAAUUACAUUACGUGGACCUCCAACUAAUGCUGUUGCCUGUGUGGUAUGCUGCAAACGAUUUGUCACCUCACAGCAGUAUACUGAUCACCUUUUAUCUAAGAUAAAUGAAAAAGAUGAUGGGCAUAAAAGAAAUCUUCCUCCACAGCUUAUUCAGUGCUUUGCAUGUCCAUACUGCUUCCUCCUUUUCAGCAUAAGAGAUGAAUGCCUGCAGCAUAUGUCUGGAAAGAAUCAUUUCCUUCAGGUUUUUAAAUUGAGUGAUGAAACUGGGACACCACUUCCUUUAUCUUUCCCAUCAUAUGCAAAGAAACUUCUUAUAGCUUUAUGUAAAGAGGUCCCAUUCCAAGUGAAGUGCACAUCCUGCCACCAGAAAUUACGUUCGCAUAUGGAGCUAACAGCUCACUUCAGAACUCGUUGUCGUAAUGCUGGUCCUGUAUCACUGUCGGAAAAGAGCAUCUCCCAGGUUGCAGAAAUAUUUAAAGCAAGAGGUCACUGUCAAAACUGUGACAAACUCUUUGUAGAUGAAAGCCAGAUCAACCAGCAUAGCCAUGCAACUCAACACAAAGUUAAAAUUAUUACUACAAUGGAAGAGUCCAUCUUGAUGUUUUGCCAUAUUAAUGAAAGAAAUAAAAACCCAUCUCAGUUGAGGCAGAUUAUAAAUCAGUCAAGAUCUUCACUCCUUAAGAGACCAUUGACUUUGAGUGAGCCUGUCUGUAAAAAUGAGUCUGCCAUUUCAAAACGGAAAAAAGAUUUAGAAGAAAAAAAUCAAGAGGCUGGAGUAAGCCUACAUCAAGACAAUACAGGCAAAAUAAAAGCCUGGUUCUGUGAAUGCCUUCUGAAGUUUUCUACUGAAGAAUCAGUUGAAAAGCACAUUUUGUCAGCAAAUAGAAUCUGUCACAAGUGUGGUGUAUGUGGGAAGCUUGCUGAAAACUCAAGCAUCAUCCGUCUGCAUAUGAGUCGGUUCCACGGAGGAGCACACUUAACUAACUUCAUUUUCUGGUGCCGGGCAUGCAGUACAGACCUACUCAGAGAAGAGAACAUUAUGGCACAUGUGACUGAAUUUCAUGGUGGACAUUCUUACUAUUAUGAACAGGAAGCUCUAGAGAACGAGCCUAUGGCAUCCUCUUCUGACACACUAUGCAAUAUGUCUAUUAAAUGGAAAGAGCGUCUUCCUAGCCCUGUGGAUCAGUCCCUUGAGAGAAGUCCUAUUUUAGGAAAAUGGCAAUGCUGCAUUUGUGAGGAAAUGUUUGAGUCUGAAGACAGUGUUAAACAACAUUGUAUGUCUUUAGGAAGCCAUCAGUUUCACAGGUAUUGCUGUGGCUUGUGCAAAAAGCAUUUUCACAAAGUGGAAACACUAUACCGACACUGCCAAGAGCAGCACAGUCAUGAGAUACAGGUUAAAUAUUUUUGUGGCCUUUGUGGUGAUCUCUUUUUCGAUGUUGAGGAAGAAUUUCUAAUCCACUAUAAGAGUUUCCAUAGCACAGAUUACAUAUAUGUGUCUGAAGAGUCAAUAAAAAAUAAAGACGACAUUAUACUAUUAGAAAAAGGUGACUUUCUAACCUGUGGCUGCCGGGAAGAGUACAUCUCCAGAAUAAACAGAAAGGAAGAUCACCGGAACUGUCAGAAAACCCUACUGGAAAAAGGCAAUCUGUGGUUUCGCUGCUGCUUCUGUUCAGCAACGGCACAGAAUUUCACAGACUUGAAUGACCAUCUCAGCAAAAGUCACACCCCAAGGAAAAGCCAUGAAGAGAUGUAUGUUGUGAGAUGUGGUGCAUGCAACAAAAAUUUCCACGAUAUUGUGAGUGCCCAUCAACACUAUCAUGAUAAACACUGCUUCUUGCAAAAGCCUGAUAUAACACAUUUCAGAUCAGAAUCAGAAAGCAAAGUCUUCAACUUUACAGCCAGUGGUGCUUGUGUGGACAAGAAGCCUGAUAAACUAAAGUUUCCAGCAAAUGUAACUAAAGUUCAAAAAAAGUCAGAAUCUCUUUCUCUAAAGAGAGAAGAAGAUAGAAGGAAAGAAAGAAGUGAGAAUAAAACAUGUUCUGAAGAGCAUGGUGAAGAAGACCGUGAACUGCCAGAUUUUGACUAUCUGCGCACCAUGACUCACAUCGUGCUGGUGGACUUAGACAACUGGGGAAGGUUUUUCAUUCAUCUGCCAGCCAACCUGAACCAAGGGACAUUUGUUUGGGGCUUUCAAGGAGGACACAGUAAUUGGAAGCCUCCAGAACAGUGCAAAAUCUUUAAUUACCUUAAUAAGAUUGGAUGUUUCUUCCUUCAUCCACGCUGUGGUACCAGAAGAGAAGCAGCAGACUUUGCACUCUGCAUGCAUGCUGGCCGUCUGGAUGAGCACCUGCCCAAACAAAUUCCUUUCACCAUUCUCUCUGGAGACAAAAGCUUUCUAGAACUGGAGGAUCAGUUUAAGAAGACUCAGCGGACAGCUCAUAUCCUAAACCCUCAUGACAUCGAUGGAGAUAUGAUGUGUGCCUUACUAAACAGCAUUUCAGAUACUACAAAAGUUUCAGACAGUGAAGAGGAUGAUGAUAUUAAAACAGUGCAAAUGAAUUUACAAGAAACAAAGAAACAGGAAGAGGAAGAUGUGGAAUUACAAGAAGCUAUCAAACGAAGCCUGAAGGAAAAGUAAAUGAAGAUACUCCUGUAUGCAAAUAGCAUUCUAUCAAAGCUGCUUACAGAAGUGGAAGCUUGUUCAUCCAUUAACAAAGGGUCAGAAAAUACUGCUUUAAAAAUGUGCUUAUUCCUUUAAUGGUUAAAUUUCUAAUUAUUAUGUUGCUGAUUGUUUCAUGCAACUAAAUUAACAAAUGGAGCUUAUGGAUGUAUGGUUUGCAACAUCCUGUAUAUGACAAAGGAAAAUAAAUUGUUAAAAGCCUUACACAUUCCUUUUCUAAUGAUUCAUGACUGACUUUAAGUUCAGUUCUUGUUCUAAUCUAGGCAUGUAACUUGAGGUAGGCUGGUCUUAUACAUGUUGUGGUGUCUUUAAAAGGUUGUUCAUUUACUUCUUCCAUUGUAAAAAUUUCAUUGUCUCAUUUUACUUUUUCAGUGUACCCUUUGCAACAGAUAAAAAUAGUAAACCUCAGUUAAUCUCAGACCACCUUGCCUUACUGAUAAUUUUAUAAAGAGAAGCUUAGUCUCCAGGCCUACAAUUUACGAUUCAUGGGCUCACCCCAUGCCUGCACAAAGCUUUACUCCACAUGAGCACAGAGAUAUGCCCACAAGUUGUAAAUUGCAGGAUCCGUGUCCUAGAAUGUACAGUUGUUUACUGCUAUCUUUACUUUUAAUUUUUUAUGAAUGUGCAUAUUUUAAUUUGAGUAUGAGAGCUUGUUAUGUUAGUUGGUUUAAAAAUCUCAUCAGCUGUAUACCCUGUCUUGUUUAAGGCUGAAUCAAAGUUUGUAAAUAAAAACACUGAAGCAAAAAUUUUUUGCUAGCAAAAUCCCUCUUUGUUUGAGGUACAAGUGAAAUAACUUAAACAGGGACGUCCUUCCUGUAUUCCAUCCUCUUUAUAGUAUGCAUUUGUUGGUUUUCUAAAGGUGGCGUUUCAAUAUUUGACUAUAAUUAAAAACAUUAAUUUUUUUGUA